AUGGCAAACUUAAUGGUAAACUCAGUGAGUCAUAUUAUUGUGGUCAUCAUUAUUUUUAUCUUUUUCUUUUUCUGUAUUAAGACAUCAUCAGCAAGCCCUACAAGUACUAGGACAUUCAAUGUUGUGCACUAUGGAGCCAAACCGGAUGGCCUUACAGACUCCACAAAAGCCUUCAUUGCUGCAUGGCACGAAGCUUGCAGCUCAAUAAACCCUGCCACCAUUUACGUGCCAGUUGGUAAAUUCUUGCUGCAUAAUGCUGUGUUCCAAGGCAAAUGCAAGAACAAUAUAUCAAUCCGAAUCGAGGGUACUCUCGUGGCUCCUCCCUAUAAAGUCACUAAAUUUUUUGAAAAUUGGGUAUUAUUUGAGGGUGUCAAUGGAGUAUCCAUCUUCGGUGGAAUUCUUGAUGGUCAAGGUGCUUCAUUAUGGGCUUGCAAGAAGUCUCACAAAGGCUGUCCUAAGGGUGCAACAACACUACGAUUUAAGAGAUCGAGCAAUAUCGAGUUGAAUGGAGUUACUUCAGUAAAUAGCCAGUUGUAUCACAUAGUGAUAGAGGAGUCCUACAAUGUUAAGGUGCAAGGGGCUAAGGUGUCAGCCUCAGGGGACAGUCCUAAUACAGAUGGGAUUCACGUACAAUUGUCUAAAGAUAUCACCAUCUUCGACUCUAGGAUUGCUACUGGAGAUGAUUGCAUCUCAGUUGGGCCUGGCACCACUAAUUUAUGGAUUGAGAAUAUCGCAUGUGGUCCUGGACAUGGAAUUAGCAUUGGGAGUCUAGGCAAAGAGCUUAAGGAGGCAGGUGUGGAAGAUGUAACAGUGAAGAGUGUGAGAUUAAGUGGUACUAAAAAUGGGUUAAGGAUCAAGACAUGGGGGAGACCCAGCAGUGGUUAUGCCAGAAACAUUCAUUUUCAAAAUGUUGUGAUGAACAAGGUCAAAAAUCCCAUCAUAAUUGAUCAACAAUACUGCCCUGAUAAACACUGCCCUCACAAGGUAUCUGGUAUUAAAAUUAGUGAGAUCACAUAUGAAAAUAUCCAUGGAACAUCUGCAACAAAAGUUGGCAUUAUGUUGGAUUGCAGUUCAGAGCAGCCAUGCAGUGGGAUUAGAAUGGAAGAUGUAAACCUCACUUAUGAAGAUAAACCAGCGCAAGCAUCUUGCAUAAAUGCAAAUAUUGACCAAUGA